CGUGGCCCCCUCGGGCGAUCGCCCGCCUCCGGCGGCGGGCUGCGGCGCGGAGCUCGGCGGCCCGGGCCGCGGCGGCCUCCGGCGCGUGCAGUCGGCGCCGGUGCUGUCCCCGGGGCCCGCCACGCCGUGCCACGCCGUCUGCCCCGCCCUCGCGUGGGCGGACAUGCUGGAGCUCGACGCCCUGCGCCCCCACGGCUCGUGCGAGCCCUCGGGCGAGGACGGCCUCUCGGCCGCCCUGGCCUGGCUCGGUGCCGGCAGGCCCUCCCCGGCAGGAUCGCGGAAGGACUCGCCGGUUGCGGCAUGCGUGCCGCUCGGGUCAGCCCUGGAGGCGCCAUGCGACACGCUGCCGCUCAAGGCGCUGGCAACCUCCGAUCGGGCGGUCAUUUGCACCCGCUCGCGUCUCAGCACCAAGGCAAGGCCGUUCGUCGCUGCCGGUGCCGCUGCGGCCGAGACCUCGUUGCAGCGGAGCCCUUGCACCUGGGCUUUCGGUCGCGAGGGCGAGUGGCCACUGAACACGUGGCAGAAGAACGACGCAUGCAUCGAGCCAGAGGUGCGCACAACCGUGAUGAUGCGGAACGUGCCCUACAUGUGGACGCGCCAGAAGCUGCUUGCGUUGCUGGACUCGAAGGGCUUCGCGAGAAAGUACGACUUUGUGUAUUUGAAGGGCUCCCACAGGUGGGCGCGGUCGCUUGCAGGGGGGAAGGGCGGCGGGCAGGGCACGCCCGGGCCGCAGCCAGGGCCUGCGGGCUGGUGGGAGGUGGGGCAGGCGGGCAGGCUGGCGGCCAUCCCGAUCGAUUUCGAGACCACCCAUACCCGCGGCUACUCGUUUGUGAACCUGACCAGCCCAAGUCACGUGAAACAUUUCGUCGAGACGUUCCAGGGCUUCUGCGACUGGCAGUGUGAGGCUUGCAAGAAACAGUGCCAAGUGUGCUGGAGCGACACACAAACCUUACAGUCCAACAUCAUCCGCUACAGGGACAGCGCUGUAAUGGACCCAUCGGUACCCGAUGAUUACAAGCCGAUCAUGCUGGAGGAUGGUGUGCGCAUCCCGUUUCCGCAGCCCACCCGUGAGUGCCGUUGGUUUGGCCAGAGUUCUGGAACGAGACAGGCUUUGCGAAAAACGCCGAAAUCUGCCAUCCUUGCAACGAGAGGCCGUUGCAUGUGA